AUGGCUUCCACUUUUCUUCGUGACAACGAUACAACAUGGACGAGAUAUUUGGACCGCAGGUACCAUGAAAUUGAAUUGAGCGCCCUAACAGACGAAACUGCAUUAGAACUGAGUUCGUACUUAGAUAUAAGAAUUUAUUCAUUGGAUGACAACUGGUUUUCGGACUACACUGGUCUCGCUGAGUUGAUUGGUCUUAAUUUUGGGUUUGUUAAAUCUAUUCAGUGUGAAACAACCAAAUCGUUUAGAGUGAUCAGGGAGUGGCAGACGGGUCAGAGUGCAAAGGUGAUUCCUAAUAUUGGGAACCUUGUGAGAGCACUGCUCAGGCUGGGACGGGAGGACAUUUUUCCUGACUGCAUGCCGAACAUUUCAAGAGACGCAGAGCAAUACCUGAAUAACCAUCAUGAAAACUGGGCACCCAUAGGUGCUCUUUACGAUUCACUAACUACAGAUGACUUGCCAGGAAAACCUGCAAUUUAUGAUGUGUUCAUCAUCUACAACGAAGAUAGUGAAAGGUGUGAGUUUUUUGUGCGAGAACUCGUUAGAAAUCUGGAAAGUUCACCAUUUCAUUUAAAAUGCUAUUUUUCUCAAAGAAGUGGGUUGUUCGGUGUCAUGAGACUGGAUAAUUUUACAAGAGUGUUGGAAGAACGAUGCAAACAUUCAAUAGUUGUUCUUUCUCCGGAGUACAACAACUGCGAGACUUGUAGUUUCCUUUCCAGCAUGGCAGUCUUAUUGUCAGCCAGAAAUCGCAGCAGACGUAUAGUUCCCAUACUUAUCGACGGCUACCAGGAGAGUCAAAUCCCUGAUGUUCUGAGAAUGCAGAACGCGUGGCGUUUUCCCGGAAACGAAGAUCAUGUGCAAUGGCGUAGAAUGGCUUUAUCUGUAUGCCGAUUUUGCUAG